AUGACAUUUCUCUUGAAAGGUUCCCCAGAAUGUGUGAAGUCGGAGUUGGAAUUGUUUCAGAUGCCCGGCACGCAAACAGUUAUACAAAGUGGACAGUGGGUUGAAUUUCACCCGCUAUCGAAUGUGUUUGACGGUGGUCCCGUUGAAUUUCACAUAUCUGGAUCAGGAGACGAAUUUAUUGAUUUAGGCCAAACUCAACUUCACGUUCAAGCAAAAAUUUUAAAAAACGAUAAUACUAAUUUAACAGCAGAUGAUAAUAUUGGUCCAGUCAAUUUAUUUUUACACUCUUUGUUUUCUCAAGUGGAUGUAUCUUUAAACGACCGUAUCAUAUCAAAUUCCAGUAACACUUAUCCAUAUAGAUCCUAUUUAGAAACUCUUUUAAAUCACGGCUAUGAUAGCAAAACCUCCCAACUUACUGCAGAACUUUAUUAUAAGGAUUCCGAUGAUGGACUUAAAAAAAGAUCAGAAUAUUUUAAGUUCAGUUCAACCGUGGAUAUGAUUGGUUGCAUUCACAGUGAUUUGUUUCAUCAAAAUAGAUUACUAUUAAACUUGGUAGAUGUAAAAAUUAAACUGAUUCGCAGUAAACCCGAAUUUUGUUUAAUAGGAAAGUCUGGGUAUAAAGUUGUUUUAGAUAGAAUUUCAUUGUUAGUAAGAAAAGUACGAGUAAGCCCUGGAGUCAUUCUCGGCCAUGCAAAAGCUUUAGAAAAAGAUACUGCGAAAUAUCCUAUCAAUCGAGUUCUAUGUAAAGUGUUUUCAAUUCCUAAAGGAAACAUGUCGCUAGUACAAGACAAUGUGUUUGUGGGACAAAUUCCAAAGCGACUUAUAAUAGGGUGUGUUGAAAAUGAUGCAUUCCAUGGUACAUUUGAAAAGAAUCCUUUUGAUUUCAAACAUUUUAAUUUAAAUUUCAUUGCUGUGUAUGUCGACGGCCAACCUGUUCCCCACAAUCCACUCGAACUCAACUUUUCCCAAAAACAAUAUAUCAGAGCUUAUCAAAAUUUAUUUAUGAGCACUGAACAUAUGAGAAGUGACAAGGGUAAUUUCAUUUCUCGAGAAGAAUUUUGUGAUGGUUACACGCUAUAUGCUUUUGACUUGUCCCCUGAUUUAUGUGACGGAGAUCAUUUCAAUUUAAUAAAGCAUAGUAAUUUACGAAUUGAAAUGAAAUUUGAGAAACCGUUAGAUGGAACAGUCUGUGUCAUCGUAUUUGCAGAAUUUGAGAACGUCAUAGAAAUUAACAAAUCAAGAGACAUUAUAUACGAUUUUGGAAGUUAA